UAGGGGUGCCCUGGCCCGGUGUUGGGACCCGGAGGUGGCGCUCCUGGCCCGGCCAGGGCAAGUCAGCUGCUUCUGGCCUUGCAGAGUACCAGAGUCCCAAGCUGAACACCCGCUUUGGGGCGCAGGCCUGGUCAGGCAGCUCCCUCCAUUCCCUGGUGGCAGACCAGGCUCCAGGCGCUGCGGUCCCGACACCCUCGACCUCUGCAGCCUCGCCCCAGUUGCAGUCCCUGAUGUUUGAUUGCCUCCCCAUCGAGAUGAAAAGGAAAAAAAAAAAAAGUUGAUACAGAAUAAAGGGGGCGGGGUUGGGCACGUUGGCGAAACCUGCCUCCUUGAGAAUUUUGACAAUGAUGCCCCUUAGAGGGUCCUGCAGUGGCUGCAGGGAGCACAGUGGGAAGUGAAGGAAGUCAAAAUGGGAAAUCUCAGGCGGGGUUCCAGGAAGGCUUUGCCUGCUCUCACCUCAUGGUGGUUGUGCCCAACCGACAAUGGAUGCUGUUGAGGCACAUUGGCCGACACGCCUUGCGCUUUCUUGUGAUUAACAGACUGGAAACUAGGAACAAAUUGGAAAGACGACCUCCUGGAACAAUCUGUUCAUUUUUUCAGCUAUUUGGAAAACAGUGUCUGCAAAUAUAAGCAAAGCUAUUCAUGGCAGUCUGUUCUGUAACUUUCUCAAAAAUUGUACCGGUUCUGCCUCUCUGGAAGGCCAUGGAGAAGAGGCUGGGAGUCAAGCCAAGUCCUGCUUCCUGGAUUUUGCCAGGAUAUUGUUGGCAGACAUCAGUGAAGCCGCUGAGAAGCCUGUACCUGUUUUACGCUUUCUUCUGUCUCAGCGCUCUGUGGUUGUCAGCAGAUGCUAAUGAGAGCAGAUGCCAUCAGGGGAAGACACUUUAUGGAGUUGGCUUGAGAGCUGGGGGAGAAAAUCACCUUUGGCUUCUUAAAGGAAGCCUGUCUUUCCAAGCCUGUUGGGCUGCCUGCUGCCAGGACUCUGCCUGUCAUGCUCUUUGGUGGAUGGAAGGGAUGUGUUUUCAGGCCGACUGCAGCAAGCCACAGAGCUGCCAGCUUUUUAGGACAGACUCUUCCAAUUCCAUGCUGAUAUUUUUUCAAAAAUCCCAGACUGCAAAUGGCUUGGGCCUUCUGCCUGAAGACGACGAGCCACAUCUUCUGAGGCUAGGCUGGGGCAGGACGUCUUGGAGGAGGCAGGGCCUCGCCAGGGCUCCCCUCCCCCUUGCUGUAUCCUCUGAUGACCAUCAGAGCUUACCCAGGGCUCGGCAGAAGAGAGACCAUCUCAGUGAGGCAGCUCCACCUGGAGCGGAGCAGCAUUCUAAACCGAAUCGCUCGGAGGAAGUGAGUCCCAGCGCCUCUGUGGAGGUCUACAAAGCCACCACAGUUCCCAGCCCCUUCACCACUGACCACACUACACAGACUCCUGAUUGGCCGAAGAAUGUGUCCGUCCAUCCCGAACCAUCAGAGCAUUCCAGUCCUACGUCCAGUACUCAGCAAACAAAAGUCACUGAGCCCAGUUCACCUGACUCCCCUCUUCCAGCGGCCCCCUCCUACAGCUAUGCUACCCCUACGCCCCAGGCCUCUGCCCAGAGCACCUCAGCACCACAGCCAGUUGUAAAGGAGCUGGUGGUGUCUGCUGGGAAGAGUGUCCAGAUCACCCUGCCUAAGAAUGAAGUUCAGUUAAACGCCUACGUUCUUCCAGAACCAGAAGAAGGAGAAACCUACACCUACGACUGGCAACUGAUUACUCAUCCCAGAGACUACAGUGGAGAGAUGGAAAGGAAACACUCCCAGAUCCUCCAACUGUCCAAGCUGACUCCAGGCCUGUAUGAAUUCAAGGUGAUUGUGGACGGUCAGAAUGCCCAUGGGGAAGGCUAUGUGAACGUGACAGUGAAGCCAGAGCCCCGAAAGAAUCGGCCUCCUGUUGCCAUUGUGUCACCCCGGUUCCAGGAGAUCUCACUGCCAACCACUUCAACCAUCAUCGACGGCAGUCAGAGCACUGACGACGAUAAAAUUGUCCAGUACCACUGGGAGGAGCUCAAGGGGCCUCUGAGAGAAGUGAAGAUCUCCGAAGACACAGCCAUACUAAAACUAAGUAAGCUCAUCCCCGGGAACUACACUUUCAGCCUGACUGUCGUCGACUCUGAUGGGGCUACCAACUCCACCACUGCAAGCCUGACAGUGAACAAAGCUGUGGAUUACCCUCCUGUGGCCAACGCAGGCCCCAACCAAGUGAUCACCCUGCCUCAGAACUCCAUCACCCUCUUUGGAAACCAGAGUACUGACGACCAUGGCAUCACUAGCUAUGAGUGGUCUCUCAGCCCAAGCAGCAAAGGGAAGGUGGUGGAGAUGCAGGGGGUUAGAACGCCAACCCUGCAGCUAUCUGCAAUGCAAGAAGGAGACUACACCUACCAGCUCACAGUGACAGACACAAUAGGGCAGCAGGCGACCGCUCAAGUGACCGUGAUUGUACAGCCUGAAAACAACAAGCCUCCUCAGGCAGAUGCAGGCCCAGACAAAGAGCUGACCUUGCCUGUGGACAGCACCACCCUGGACGGCAGCAAGAGCACAGAUGACCAGAGAAUCAUCUCCUAUCUUUGGGAGAAGACCCAGGGGCCUGAUGGGGUGCAGCUGGAGAAUGUCAACAGCAGUGUCGCCACCGUGACUGGGCUGCAGGUGGGGACCUAUGUGUUCACCUUGACCGUCAGAGAUGAGAGGAACCUGCAGAGCCAGAGCUCUGUGAACGUCAUUGUCAAAGAAGAAAUCAACAAGCCGCCAGUAGCCAAGAUCACUGGGAACGUGGUGGUCACCCUGCCCACAAGCACCGCAGAGCUGGAUGGCUCCAGGUCCUCGGAUGACAAAGGGAUAGUCAGCUACUUGUGGACUCGAGAUGAGACGAGCCCAGCCGCAGGGGAGGUGCUGAAUCACUCCGACCAUCACCCUGUCCUCUUCCUCUCCAACCUGGUUGAGGGGACCUAUACGUUUCACCUGAAAGUGACCGACGCCAAGGGCGAGAGUGACACAGACCGGAGCACCGUGGAAGUGAAGCCUGACCCCAGGAAAAGCAACCUGGUGGAGAUCAUCUUGGAUGUGAACGUCAGCCAGCUGACAGAGAGGCUGAAGGGGAUGUUCAUCCGCCAGAUUGGGGUCCUCCUGGGGGUGCUGGAUUCCGACAUCAUUGUGCAAAAGAUUCAGCCAUACACGGAACAGAGCACCAAGAUGUUAUUUUUUGUUCAGAAUGAGCCUCCCCACCAACUCUUCAAAGGCCAUGAGGUGGCAGCCAUGCUCAAGAGUGAGCUGCGGAAGCAGAAGGCCGACUUCCUGAUAUUCAGAGCCCUGGAGAUCAACACUGUCACAUGUCAGCUGAACUGUUCUGACCAUGGCCACUGUGACUCGUUCACCAAGCGCUGUAUCUGUGACCCAUUUUGGAUGGAGAAUUUCAUCAAGGUGCAGCUGAGGGAUGGAGACAGCAACUGCGAAUGGAGUGUGCUGUAUGUGAUUAUCGCGACCUUUGUUAUUGUUGUUGCCUUGGGAAUCCUGUCUUGGACUACUAUCUGUUGUUGCAAGAGGCAAAAAGGAAAACCCAAGAGGAAAAGCAGAUACAAGAUCCUGGAUGCCACUGAUCAGGAGAGCCUGGAGCUGAAGCCGACCUCCCGAGCAGGCAGCAAACAGAAAGGCCCCACGCUGAGCAGCAGCCUGAUGCACUCGGAGUCGGAGCUGGACAGCGAUGAUGCCAUCUUCACAUGGCCAGACCGAGAGAAAGGCAAGCUCCUGCAUGGUCAGAAUGGAUCGGUGCCAAAUGGGCAAACGCCAUUGAAGACCAGGAGCCCACGGGAGGAGAUCUUAUAGCUCCUUGGUCUGUCUCAUCCAACUGGGCCUCAGUGCCUGAGCCAGAGCAGCUCUAGGCUGGUUCCUGACCUUCUGGGUCUGAGGCAGCUGCUCUCCCAGCAUGUGCUGGUCACUCCAUCCCAACAGCCCCCUCAGAACUGCUGGUACUUGAAUCCACAGAUACUUUAUAGGAAUCCCUGAAUGAAGCUGUGAAUGGAAGAGGUUUCCUCUAUAACCCUAUGUGGUAGGCCCCCCCUCAAAUAUCCUCAUCUCAGGGCCUUUUUGCACACACCUCCCUGCCCCCUGCCCGAGAGCAGUGCAGCUGAGCCCAGAACCGAGGGCCACCAGCCUAGCCCUCGGCAUAUUCUUUGUUUCUCUGGGACAGUGUGCCCUGCCUUCCCCAGCCAAGAUAUCCCUGCCCACCACUGAUGCUGCCUGGCCCCCAGCUCAAGAGCUGGCUUGUGUCCUGACUGUAGCAGGGAUGUCGGGGGCUGCUGGGGAUGACCAGCACCUGCUACCAGGCUCAGGCCACCCCUCGUUCUCCCAGAGGAGACAGCCACAGACAGAGUGGAACUCUGUGGCAUUUGAGUGCAUGUGUGUGACUGCCCUACUGUGAUCCCUUCCAUGUCUCUCCACCCGUGUCUUUUUCUGUGUCCUUUGCACGCGUGAGUGCUUGAGUGUAUGUAUACCUGUUCCUUAUAGGUCUCUUGGCUGCUCUCAAAGCAACUCUAACUUGGAGACUUUCAGCUCCUUGAAAGACUAGUUAAUCCCUCUGGCCCUGUCACCAGUUCCUCAGCCAUGGUGUCAGGCAGUUGAGGAAUCCGAGUUUCAGGGAGAGUGACUUUUUAAAAAGGACUUAGAAUUUCUACUACUGCACUAUCUGUUGUGAGAUAAUUAAACAUGCUAUUUAAUUGUGA